AUGGGGAACGGCACGACCCCGGGCGCCAACCCGGCGCCUCUGUACAAGGAGAAGAGCAACGCCAUCGCAGCGCUCAUGUCGCGCCACACGUCAUCGUCAUCCCUAUCCUUUCUCUCUUCCCACUCGUCCAAGAACAACAACAGCAGCAGUAGCAGCGGCGCGGCGCAGCAGCAGCAGCAACAACAACAACAACGCAAAAAGACCCCCGCCCAGCUAGUCGCCGAGGCCGAGGACUACGAACUCGACCGACUGGCGCAGUACGACGAUAACAUGGGCGUGGGCAUGUUUGCGCUCGAGAACCGCAAGCCGAGCGAGGACAGCCGGCGGAGGGAACAGGAGGACCGCAAGCUCAAGGCCCGUCUGGGCCUCACGGGCAAGGGAAAGCGCAAGGGCAGCGAGUGGGAGGCCGUCAGCGGCGUCAGCCGGGCGCGCGGGGCUGGCAGCGACGACGACGAGGAAGACAUGGGCCGGAGCGGCGUGGGGAGAGCGAAAAAGCGAAAGCGAGUUGUCGUGGUGGACUCGUCGGAAUCAACACAUCCUGAGGCUGUGCAGACGCCACAGCCCGAGUCAGAGGUCACCGCGGCUGCUGGUACUUCUCAAGAGACAGCAAGCAACGAUCCCCAAGAUUUGGAAGAGACACACAAGACUGGGACAGCCACGGAUCAAGAUUCAGCAGCGAAUGCAGACGGCAAGAAACGGCGCAAGAAAAAGAAACAGAAGACCAAGUCGACAGGGCAAGUAGGUGCUACGAGUAGCUGA